CUAGAUUUGCUGACACGAUAUUUGACCUGUAUACAUAUCUCGGAUCAUUUUACUGCACAACCAUUAAUUUUGUGUUGAUCACGGAGUGUUUCACCAAUUUUAAUGUGAAGAGAAAUGUUAAAGAAAAACAUCUCAAGAAAUCAAAGUUAUCCUGUUUACAUGCUGACCCAUGGUAACUGUCACCAAAGCGAUCGAAAAUGGAGGUAGGUUCAGAUGCUGAAGUACCCGGUAGGUGCAAAGACCCUAGUGAAGUAUUCACAUUGUUUUGCCAACCGUGUAACGAUGAAGGGGAUAUGCACAAAGCAGUCGGUUUCUGUCGACAGUGUCACCAAUUCUUAUGCAAAACAUGCAUUAAAUUUCACAGACGAAACAAAAUGACAAAAGCCCAUGAGAUCCUUGACGAGCACAAUAUGCCUUCAUCGAUUGAUAUGGCCACUGAACCUGACACUGAUUGUUAUGAAUUUUGCAAGGUCCAUCCUACAGAACGUAUUAAAUAUUACUGCGUAUUGCACAAUGAAUUCGGAUGCGGCGACUGCAUGAUACCAUACCAUUUUAACUGUAAACCGAGGCAUAUUGCGGAAGUUUCAAAUGACUUUCUCAAUGGACAAGAAUAUAAAGAUUUAAAACAAGAAAUAAACAAUAUGGACUCUGUUCGGACAUGGGUGAGCUCAUGACGAAAAGCGUUCAUGCUACUAAAGACGACAUUUUGAAGGCCAUGAAAAAAUUGCAAAGGUUGAAAGCUGAAACAAUUUCACACUUUGAGGCAGAAGAACAAAGGUUGACAUCUGAACUUGAAUCGUUGAAAACCGAGUCUAGAUCAGCAAUACAAGUAACAUCAAAACAGAUACAUGACGUGAAGAGGCUUUCAUUAGAUAUGAUUGAUAAAUUAGAUUCUGAUAAACAUAGCCCAUAUCAGAUUUUCAAAGCUUCAAAACAAAUGCAAGUAGAAAUUACAAAUGCAAAAUCGGUUCAAGACAACAUUGCAGAAGUAGUUAAACAAUGCCAAAUGAGAAUUGCAUUUCAACCAAAUUCCAUUCUUGAUAAUUUUACAUCCAGCAAGCAGCCCCUAGGAGAAGUGGUACGAACCAAAAAAGGCGUAGCUUUGAAAGGAUGCACUUAUGUAAAAUCUAACUGCAUCAACAUUCGUUCUUCCAAAGACUCAAAGACAUGUAGAAUAACCGGAUGCGUACAAAUUUCGGAUGGCAGAGUGUUGGUAGUUGACGGAAAUAACGAAGUAUUAAAACUCGUAGAUAUUGUACACCAAAGAAUUAUUUCUGAUGUACACGUUAACCAGUCUGCGUGGGGUAUUGCUGCAUUGCCAAACAAAGAGGUCGCGGUUACCUGUGAUAAAACGAUAGAUAUUGUGUCUUAUAAGCAGGAUAGACUUGCGACCGUCCGUAGCAUAUCAACAAAAGGCAGAUGCAUUGGCAUUGACUAUCGGAACAGACAAUUGGUUGUUUCCUAUAUUGGCCCUCCAGGAAUAGAAAUCAUGGACAUGACCGGGAAUGUUUUACAUCACAUGUUGGAUGAAGACAUUAAAGCCAUAUCUGUCCUGAAUCCUCAGUAUGUUAUUUUUAGCAAACAAUUUGAAGGCAUACUUCUUUCAGACUUUAAUGGGAAUGCAGUCACAGCGUUAGAUCACCACUUUAAACCAUUGUGGACAUAUUCAGACAGCGAAAUGAAAGGGCCUCAAAGUCUUCUGAUAGCACCGGAUGGAAAUAUCCUUGUUUGUUGUUACAGAAGUAAUAACAUACACCUCAUUUCAAACACGGGGAAGAAAAUUAAAGUUAUUUUAAGGAAGGAAGAUGGAAUUAAAAAUCCGUUUGCAGCUGCUGUGAAUGGACGUACCCUGCUGAUGACAGAGAAUGGAGACGAGUUAAUGUCAUACAAGAUCACAAAUUAAGCAAAAAAAUGAAACCGUGAUAUGUAUUUAUGUUCAGAGACAGGCCCAAAGAUAGUAUUAUACGCUUAUGUAACCAAUAUCAUAGUGCAUGUUUACAAACCACCUGCCGUAGAAGUAAAAGGGAAAAUAGCAAGGAAUUAUAGAAGAGCAUCCUCAUUUACAAACAGAGUUUAAGUAUUGAUAACAAGUGUGUUUUGCAGAAAAACGCCAUCCACCAUCAGAUCAUGAAGUUUAUUUAAGAGAAAAUAAUGAAAUAAUUGAAGCCUUGUGCAUGAUCGAUUAUUGAAAGUCAUUUUCGAUUUCGAUAAAUAUGAGUUUCAUAGUAUAAUAACAUGUUUUAACAGAAUUCUUUUUGUAUCUUAUUGUCAUUUUUUCAUAACCUUACUUGUACAUCGUAGAUAUUCUGAGAUGAAACUUUUGAAAUAUACUGUUAUAUAUGGCAUAUACUGUAUCAUGUAGUUUGAACGCAUAUAUAAAUUAUAAAACAUACAAUACAUGUAGUAAUUCCUUUAUUCAUAAUAAACAGCACA